AUCAUCAGGCGCUCCAAACAGACAUAUGCGGAGAUGGUGAAAUCUUUUAAAACACCAGAAUCCGUGUCUGAAUCAGCUGUCCCAGUUGAAAAUCCCUUUCACGAGUUGUCUUCUGAUGAUCAGGACGAUGACGAAACUGAUGAGGGUGGAUCUUCUUCGGAGGUACACGCACCUGGAAAAAGGAAGUCAUCAUCUUCCCCGGGAUUGCGCCGAAAGGUCUUUUUGAAAUCUUCCCUCAAAAGUUUGCCUAAUACAAAAGGAAGCGGAGUAAAUUUAAAAACUCCGAACAAACAGGUCCCUGAUUACUCAGUUCCAUGCUGCAGUAAAGACCCAGUGAAUCCGCCUCCGACUGUUAAAUAUACUUCAAAAAAAAGCAUUCGACAAAGUAGCAAGAAAAAGGCUACAAAAGCUCCUCGAACUUCAACUAAACCUCCCAUACCCAAAAGAGGACUGCUAACUUUCAGGGUUCUUGUGGAUCGCUUAUAUGAUGCCAUCGGCCUUCCGGACACACUUCGAGGCAUUAUUGAUAUUUUUAUCCCAACAGUAGAAGAAUAUCUUCGGAAUUUGACACAAUCAUGGCCCCUCCUUGCUUCGCUCAUAUCUUUCGAUGGCUAAUUCAUCAAGUGAGGUACAAGAUAUGAUCACUGUGCUACAGUGGAACUGUCAUAGUUUAAAACCUAAAUUAGACCUGUUUAAGUUUUUGAUUCACAACUCAGAUUGUGAUAUAUUUGCACUUUGUGAAACAUGGCUCUCUUCUGAAGAUGAACUCAACUUCCACGAUUUCAACAUAAUUCGCCAGGAUAGAGAUGACCAUUACGGGGGAGUACUCUUGGGGAUCAAAAAAUGUUACUCAUUUUAUAAAAUUCCAAUCCCGACUCAUCCUGGCAUAGAAAUUGUCGCUUGCCAAAUAAACGUAAAGGGUAAAGAUCUUUGCGUAGCUUCCGUUUACAUUCCUCCAGGUAUUUCAAUUAACCGCCGUCAUCUUUGGAAUGCAGUUUCUGCACUAUCACAUCCAGUUUUAAUUCUGGGUGAUAUGAAUUCACAUGGUACUGGGUGGGGCGAGCCAUAUGACGAUCGCAGAGCGGCUAUUUUCUAUGAUUUGUGCGACGAUUUCACUUUGAACGUUUUGAAUACAGGUGAAGUGACACGCAUUGCAUCCGACGGUAAAGAAAGUCGGCUUGACCUUUCUUUGGGAUCAAGUUCACUAUCAUUCGAUUGCUCGUGGAAGGUGAUCGAAGAUCCUCAUGGUAGUGACCACUUGCCCAUUAUAACCACCAUAAAACAUAAUUGCGAAAGGUCAGACGAGCCAAUUCAGGUUCCUUUUGACCUCACUAGGAAUAUCGAUUGGCAAAAGUAUGCAGAAGCGGUAUCUUUUGGGGUUGAAUCAUCCAAUCCUCUCCCACCUUUGGAUGAGUAUCGAUUCCUGUCUGAACUGAUUUACAGAAGUGCAUUAGAAUCACAAAAACGACGCGUUCCAGGUGCAACCUUCAAAAGAAGACCAGCCACACUUGGCUGGGAUGAUGAUUGCACUCAAUUGUAUCUUAAAAAAUCUGAUGCCUUCAAAGCUUUUCGUAGGCAUGGCACCUCGGAUCUUUAUCAAGAGUACGCAAAGCUUGAAAGACAACUGAGGAACUUGCUAAAAGCGAAAAAGCGUAGUUAUUGGCGACACUUCAUUGAGGGUCUCUCAAGAGAAACUUCGAUGACAACGCUUUGGAGAGUGGCUCGCAACAUGCGAAACCGCUCAUCUUCUAAUGAGAGUGACGAAUACUCCAACCGUUGGAUAUUCAGCUUCGCGAAAAAAGUCUGCCCAGACUCAGUCCCAGCACCACCGAUUUCUUGGGAAUCAAUCUCAAGAGACGGUUCUCUGGACAGACCAUUCUCAAUGCUGGAAUUUUCUAUAGCUCUUCUUUCAUCAAACAAUUCUUCUCCGGGACGCGAUAUGAUAAAGUUCAAUCUUCUUAAGAAUCUCCCAGAUAUCGCAAAAAGACGAUUACUAGACCUGUUCAACUCAUUCAUGGAGAACAACAUCGUUCCGCAUGAAUGGAGACAGGUCAAAGUAAUAGCUAUUCAAAAGCCUGGUAAACCAGCGUCUGAUCAUAAUUCAUACCGCCCAAUUGCUAUGUUAUCAUGUUUAAGGAAAUUGUUGGAAAAAAUGAUCCUAUCGCGACUUGACCAUUGGGUUGAAUCGAAUAACUUGCUUUCAAAUACACAAUUCGGGUUCCGCAAGGGCAAAGGAACAAACGAUUGUCUAGCGUUGCUUUCAACAGAUAUUCAACUGGCCUUUGCGGAAAAGGAGCAAUUGGCUUCAGUUUUCUUGGAUAUUAAGGGCGCUUUUGAUUCAGUUUCCAUAGAAAUAUUGUCAGAAAAACUGCACAAUAGUGGACUACCCGGACUUUUAAACAAUUUCUUGUAUAAUUUGUUGUCAGAAAAACAUAUGAGCUUCAAUCUCGGACAACUGACAACUUCCAGAAUUAGCUACAUGGGCCUACCCCAAGGCUCAUGUUUAAGUCCCUUGCUUUAUAAUUUCUACGUGAAAGACAUUGAUUGCUGUCUGGAAGGACAAUGCACGCUAAGACAACUUGCAGAUGAUGCUGUGGUUUCUCUCAAAGGCCCACAUGCAGAAAUGUUGCAAAGACCAUUGCAAAAUUCCUUAAACAAUCUUUCCAUUUGGGCAAGAAAUUUAGGGAUCGAGUUUUCUCCGCAAAAAACUCAAUUGGUUGUGUUUUCUAGAAAGCGGAACCCAGCCCAACUGAAACUCAAUCUUUUGGGAAUAGAAAUCGACCAAUCUUUGACUUCGAAAUACCUUGGGGUCUGGUUUGAUUCAAAAGGCACUUGGGGUACCCAAAUCAAGUAUUUGGUGCAAAAAUGUCAACAAAGGAUCAAUUUUCUACGCACAAUUACCGGAACAUGGUGGGCAACACACUUGUGAUUGAAAACUUCGAAGAAAUGCUCACUCUGAAUACCCAGUCAAAAUUUAUGAGAAUCUAUCUUUUCUACAUGUCAUCUGACAUAAGCCUCCCAGGUUAUAAUCCACCUCGUGUACACUUCACCAAUGACAGUUCCUCUGUUAAAUACGAUCUGUCCAUGAAACAAGCUAUUCAUGGAAUUCCAGAUCAACUUCGAUGUAUAUCUAUUCCUCGCAUUUUUAACGAAAAGUACCAACAUGUCAAUUCCUGUAAGAGAUUCUUUACUGAUGGAUCUCGCAUAAAUGGAUCCACUGGUUUCGGUGUCUUCAAUGAAAAUUCCACCGCCUUCCGCAAACUCCAGGAACCUUGCUCGGUUUAUGUUGCUGAGCUGGCAGCAAUCAACUUCGCUUUGGGGAUGAUUUCCAACAUGCCCGUAGACCAUUUCUUCAUCUUCUCGGAUAGCCUUAGUUCUAUUGAGGCACUCCGGUCGAUGAAACCUGUAAAACAUCCAUCUUACUUUCUUACAAAAAUAAGGGAGCAGAUGGGUGCACUGGUCGAAAGAUCAUACAAGAUUACCUUUGUAUGGGUCCCCUCGCAUUGCUCAAUUUAUGGCAAUGAGAAGGCGGACUCUCUCGCAAAGGUGGGCGCUCAGGAAGGUGAGAUCUAUGAUAGAAGAAUUUCACAUGAUGAAUUUUUCCAUUUUGUUCGCCAGAGUUCUCUUCAAAGUUGGCAAAAUGAUUGGCGAGAUGGCCAGCUGGGACGGUGGUUACAUUCUAUUAUUCCUAAUGUUUCCUUGCGAGCGUGGUGGCAUGGUUUGGAUGUAAGUCGAAAUUUCAUUCGCGUAAUGUCAAGGCUUAUGUCCAACCAUUACUCGCUAGAUGCGCAUUUACACAGGAUUAACCUCGCGUUGAGCAAUGUUUGUACUAAGUGCGGUUCCGGUUAUGAUGACAUCGACCACGUAGUUUGGCAAUGCCCGGAUAAUGACGCCUCCAGAGCACUACUUUUGGAUACCCUUGAGGCCCGAGGUAGACAACCCUUUGUUCUUGUGAGAGAUGUGCUGGGCACUCGCGAUGUCACUUAUAUGCUAUGCAUUUACGACUUUCUUCGUUUGUCUUGUAUAAAGGUUUAAUUCUCUUGUGUUUUCUCCCCCAGUUUUUUUUUCUCUGUUUUCGUCUUUGUGUUGUUCCUGGCCAUCCGGCAGACGAAAAGCCCGCUACAAUCUGGUGCUGAAUCACUAUGAAGACAACGAACACGCCAUUACGUUAUACCUUCCGGAUGAGCUUCAGAGAACCCUUACCCCCAGUCCUUACCACGCCCAUCCUAAAAGCAUAUGUGACCCACUAAUCUCGAGCUGCCACGAGUAUCCUGGCUCCAUCCCGUACUAACUAUGUUGAAUAAGAAUCAUAUUUGUACAUAAAAUACAAAAAAUGAGUUUUGGCUCCGCAAAGCGUUAAACGCGAUUGAGCCCCAAAUAAAUG